AUGGGACGACACCCUCAAAUAUACUUAGAUGUCGCUGUUGGUUCCAAUUUAAGUGGCAGAGUGGUUGUUGACUUUUUUACCAAUUCCUCUGACCUACUCAUAGAAAACUUUAUUAAGCUUUGUUCUUCCUCAAAGCUUGGGCGUCCGAAGCUCCUAACAUACCGAAACACCAGUGUUUUCAGGGUGAUAAAGGGCGAAUAUAUGCAAUGCGGCGACGUAAUAAACGACGACGGCACUGGCUACAAGUUUGACCUCUGUUUUAAGGACUAUCCGAACACCAGAUCCCACAGCCAGGCGGGGCUGGUGACGAUGGUUAACUACCGAGGCUAUUCCCCUAGCGGAAGCGAUAAAAAUGCAGAUUCAGAAUUUACAACAAACACAUUCGGAUCGCAAUUCUGUAUUCUGUUUGGUUCUUCUCGUUCAUUUGAUGGCAGAUAUUCAGUGAUCGGAAGAGUGGUCUCUGGGAUGGAGUUUGUUCGUGCAAUUGAAAAUGUGUCAGUUCACGCAAACGGCAUGCCCAGAAUUGAAGUGGCUUUCAUUGACUGCGGAGUAUUGGAUCGCGUAGAAACAAAGUUGGUGAGUAAGGAGGUGAAUGAACAGCGUCGCUUGUUGGAGGGGCUGAUGGCUAGCGCUACCAGCGCUAGCGAGGGGUUGACAAAAACGGAUGAGCAGGAAGGCAUCUCAGCAUAUGAAGAGGUUAGAUGUGCAUACAGCGGUAAAGUAAAGAAUAGGAGGAAGCCUGACCCUGAGAGUAGCAACACUUUGGGAAAGAGGCUGUUGGCAGAGUCCCUGAAGGGCGUAAAACAUCACUACAUCCCAACUCCCACCAGUGGCACUGAGUCUAGGGCCUUUUCACCAGAUAAGGAUGAGGUACCUGAACAAGAAGAUAAGAGCGAACACACAUAUGAUUUAUUGGAUGAAGCUGACGGUGAUGUGGUGAAAGAAGAGGAAGUGGAUCCAAUUACCCUGAGGCUAAUGAAACUAACUGGUAAAAUAAGUGAGUGCAGUAGGUUGAACAAGAAAGAAGUAAUUCUGGAAGACAAACUGAAAUCAAACCCUAGAUUAGCUAGAAGCCUCAAGUCCACAUUAACAAAGGAAUCAAGUAAGCAAGGAGGAGAUGAAGAAGAGGUGGUUAAUAUAAGACUCACCAAGGAGUUAAAUAUGCCUGCGAUGGUUGUGGAACGUGUGAAUAAGAUAGAAAAAAAGAAAAGUAAAAAUAAAUCGUUUGGAUGGAAUGUGUUUAAUCAGGAUGCCUUAUACAGGGCACACAAAAAAAGGCUUAAAGAAACGGGAUUUAACCACGUGCUCUACGAAAAACAGAAGCAGCAACUGGGGGGAACCUUCUAUGAACCAACAAUUGUCAACCAUGAAGCCUCAGAAACUAAUAAGGACCUAGUAGUUAAAAACGUUGAAAAACAAUAUAAAAAACGAGACCAAUUUAGCAGAAGAAGGACGUACGAUGAUGACGCGCAGGAUAUAUCGUACAUCAACGAGAGAAACAGAAUGUUUAACAAGAAGUUGGACCGUUCAUUUGGAGCGUACUCAGAGGAGAUAAAGCGAAAUUUGGAGCGCGGAACAGCACUAUAA